GUGGGGGGUGGAAGAUGGCCAAGAGGCCACGCCCAGGCCCCCUCCCAGCGAGGAGUGGGGGGAAUGUCCCGGCAGCAAAUCCAGUCGGUCCCCAACCGCCGGAGACAGAAGGUAGUAACGCACGAGUCGACGGGCCGCUCGCUCAUUUCACUCACGCCAUGUUUCAUCUUUAUCACUCGCCACACUUACGGGUUAUCAUGAACCUGUCGAACCGAACCUCCAAGUCCUCUACGGAUGGUCCUGGAGGUCAGAUUCCAGGAGGACGUUUGACAGACCUUACCUGA